GGCCGUGGUGCCUUACGCAGGGUCUGAUGUCAUGACGUAGAGCCUAGCAACCGCGCAGGCUCCUGGCCGAAUCCGUUAUGGCCGCUGCUGCCUUGAGGAGGAUGAGGGGAGCUGUGCAAAGGAAACUGCGGCCUUCGCCCGGCCUUCAGGUCCCCGGAGUAUUGGCGUGGCCGCUGGUCCCGGCGCUCCUGCUUGCGUCCGCCACCAUGUCCAGUGCUCAACCACAAACUGAUUUGCCGGGCCACACUGUACCUCAGCAAGAUGUUUCUGCUCCAAAUAUGAGUGCUUUAACACAUGAAAACCAAACCAACCUUUCUGUCUUCCAAAUCAGCACCACUCUCCGACCCACAGCUAGUACAGAGAAAGGUGGAGGGGCAUCUGUAGCCCCUCAUCCCUCACCUACUACUUCUCUGUCUCAAGAGGAAACAGAUAACAAUGAAGAUCCCAGCAUAGAGGAGGAGGAUCUUCUCACACUCAAUAGUUCUCCGUCCACUGCCAAAGACACUCUGGACAAUGGAGACUAUGGAGAACCAGACUAUGACUGGACCACCAGCCCCAGGGAUGAGGAGUCGAGUGAGGCUCUGGAAGAAAACAGGAACUACAUGGAAAUUGAACAGUCAGUGAGAUCUUUUAAGACCCCAUCCUCAAAUAUUGAAGAGGAAGAUAGCCAUUUCUUUUUUCAUCUUAUUAUUUUUGCUUUUUGUAUUGCUGUUGUUUACAUUACAUAUCACAACAAAAGGAAGAUUUUCCUUCUGGUUCAAAGCAGAAAAUGGCGUGAUAGUCUUUGUUCCAAAACAGUGGAAUAUCAUCGUCUAGACCAGAAUGUUAAUGAGGCCAUGCCUUCUCUGAAGAUUACCAAUGAUUAUAUUUUUUAAAGCACUGUGAUUUGAGUUGGCUUAUUAUGUAAUUUUAUUUGCUUGACUUUUUUAUAUAAUAUUGUGCAGAUGUUUUGCCAUAGGCAAUUGGUACUUAAAUGAGAGAUGGGGGUCUCUCUUUAUUUUGCCUUGGUGCUUUGGAAAUGAAAUGUCACAAACAAGGAGCAUAUAAUUUUUUAUCUACACUUUUGGAGGUAAAUUUAAUCAGGUGUCCAGAAUGUGGAGCUAAGCGUUCUCUGUUAGUUUUGUUUUGGAUUUCUUUAUUGUGCUUCUUCUGGAAGUAUUAGUAAUGCUAGUUUAAAAGAUCCUAGCCUUCAACUAAAUCCUAACAUUAUCUGGAACUGCUGGCUCAGAUUCUCUUUCUGCCAUCCAAGUACUAUUUUUUUUAGCACACAUUUUGUGCUCCCAAACUGUAAUCUACAAGGAUGUGUGUAAUAGUGCUUGGCAUAUAAGUAUCAUUUUUUCUUUCAGGAAAAUUGAUUUGCAUAUUUUUGGAUAAUUUAAACAUAAUUUAAGAUAAUGAUAUUGCUCAAUCCGACCGCAAUUUUAGGCAACACAUUAAUAAAUGUCUCUAGAAAUUCUGGCAAUAGAGAGACUCUGCGGUUUGCAGUGGACAUAGAUAAAAUGUUCCAGAGAUACUAUAUUUGGCUUGAAUUACUGAAUUAAAUUUAGAGGUAGAAAUUGUGGCAAAAUAUUAAAUACACAUACAAUUGCUUUUAGUUAGCAAUUGAUUGUAGCACGGGUUCCUCCAAGCUUUCAAGUAAGGAGUAGAGUUUGGAAUUGUAUCAGAUUUGUUCACUUUGUUUAUUACUUUAUAGUAAGUUUGAAUAAAUCUUAGGGGCCAUUAUCACUUAAAUAACAUUGUGUCUAGGCCUUUCAAUUUAAAAUUAUACCUGAAUGAAGUUGUUUGUAUACCUAAAGGAUAUAUGUGUACACUGACUUUUUCUCCCCCGUACUUGUUUUAUUUUCUUCUGUUUUGUUUUUCACAGCAACUGGAAAUUAUUUGCUGUAUUUCAUUUUAGCCUGCCUUUAUAUAAUAAAGAGUUGAUCAGUAUGUAAAUAUGUGAUUUGAACCAUGGUUGACUUACAAAUGUCACUGCAACUUUUUAGAAAACAUAACCCUUACUAUAUGUUGAACACUUGUUCAGAAAGCCCAGGCGAGCCAGUGGGCAUGUGCUUUGUGUGAAGAUGGAAGAAGUAGGGCAGUCCACCAUUUCUUUCAGGUGGACAAUUUACUGUCCUGAUAAGGAAGGGGAGCAGAGUGGAAAUACACCUGAACUGUUUUAUUGCAGUAAUUUUUCAUAUCUGAAAUUGUAUUAUUUAAUAUUUUGAAUAAGAUUUUAAAAAUAAAUGGCAAAGAUAUAAA